UCGCAUCCUCACCCACCUUAACACGAGUGAGGGAGAGCCACCAUCCUUCUAGCACACCUUCACCUUUUUAAUGGUCUCUGAGUGCGUUGGUAGAACUCCUGUUGCGCGAUCGAAAUUCAGGUUGAUAAGUGAUUACAUGUAAUCACCAGUCACCUCUACACGUCGAGCACGAUGUCAUCAAGCGUCAGAGAAACCAAACCAUCAGUGGGUGACCCGGAGAAGUCAGUGAGUGAGCUCUUCAGGCUUGAUGAGCGGACCAUAUUGAUAACCGGUGGUGGAGGUUCUAUGGGUUUGGAAGUUGCUCGCUCCGUGCUAGAAAGCGGCGGAGAUGUCAUAUGCAUUGACCGACAGGAGAGUCCUCUCGAGAAACCUUGGAGUCGUGUGCUCGACGUGUCCAAGAGUCACGGGACACAAGCGUGGUACUACAGGUGCGAUAUUACGGACGCAGAAAACGUAAAGUCUGUCUUCGCGGAGUCUAUGAAGAAGAUACGGUUCCCCUUUAUGGGGUUGGUCGCCUGUGCUGGUAUUUCAGGUGAUGCACCAUCCAUCGACUUUCCGAUCGACAUAGCGAGACGCAUCGUGGACAUCAACGUCAUCGGGACACUUAUCUGCGCGCAAGCUGCGGCUCAGGAGAUUCAAAGACAAGGAUCGGCCGGAAGUAUCGUCCUCAUUGCGAGUAUGAGUGCUCAUGGGAGCAACAAGGGCGUUGAUACCGUGGCCUACAAUUCGUCAAAGUCAGCAGUUGUUCAGAUGGCUCGUUCUCUUGCCGCUGAGUGGGGUAGCCGCGUAGACAUACCACUCAUUCGGGUGAACUCGAUCUCGCCCGGGUACAUCCGCACACGAAUGACUGACAAACCACUCAGUAACCCUGAGAUGGAGAGAGAAUGGAUCAAUGGCAACAUGUUGAUGAGAUUGAGUGAGGCGCACGAGUACAGAGGUCCCAUCAUCUUUCUGCUCAGUGAUGCCAGCAGUUUCAUGACUGGAUCUGAUGUCCGCGUAGAUGGGGGCCACACAGCUUGGUAGUUGAAGAAAUUGCGAAAGCAACUCAUCUGUCUGACUGCUGGAUCCUAUUAUAGCUGGGGAACCUCAAAGAGAGGGCCGACACACCUGAUCAUAACAUAACUCCAAGACCCUUCGUUCACAGCGACCUCAGCAACGGACUUCAGGGGACUACAUGUACCCAAGGUGUCAUCAGUGUUCCCACAAAAGCCCAUCAUACAGAAACGUUACAUCAGUGAAAUUUCAUAGGGGCAGAGAGAAAAACAACAUUGAACCAAUCGGGUAGCUGCUUGGACUACGAGCGGUUAGAUAGCAUUACCUAGGUAGACAGAAACGGUUAGAAAUGAGAUUCUAUCGAAUUGGAAGAUCACUUCUGAUAUUUUCAA